UUGGUAGUGGCGGUCACAGGACUGGUUCCAGGAGGGACAGAUCAUCGUCAUCGCUGUCCUUGUUGUUACCCUGCUGGUCCUGCUCCUUCAGCCCCUCUAGGAGCUCCUGUGUGGAGGGUAGCUCCCCUUCACACUCCUUAGCACAUAUGUUCGGUGCUCCUUCUGCGGCAUCUGUAGCAUCCUGCACCACCGUAGCAGUAGCAACCUGCCCGAGUGUGCCGGUACUGGACUGAGUGGGCGCCUCAUCCACCACCAUUGCUUCUUCCGCCGUUCCUUCCGCCGGUGUGGUUUUGGGCCUCCAAGGCCUCAUUACCACACUGCUGAACCUAAAGUUCAGCCUGAAUCCCUCCUUCCGGAUGAAUUUGUAGGACUCGUCAUCUAUGGUGAUGUUGAGCCUCCAUCCAGCGUCCUCAAUGUUGCUGUCCACUACCCUCCAAGCCGAUGUACCGAGCCCAUCGUUUUGGUUUCGUAUGAGACCAAGUGCAAACUCGUAGGGUUUACCUGCGCUCCUGGGAAGGAAUACCGUCAUGCAGUGCAUAGGCGGUAUGUCUUCACCCCUCUUCGCGCAUAGGACCGGGCCUCUCCAUCCGUUUAGCUUCGGAGCGAUCUCCGCAAGCCAGGUGGUCGUCCUUUCGUCUUUACAGUCGACUAGCAGCAUUCCUGACCUGAAGUACACACCAUGGAAUGAGCCGGUGUACCCACACCCAUUGUAAACCUCAUCCAUGAUGCUAUCUUGCAGUGCUGUUAGUUCCUCUGGCCCCAAGACCUCCGCCGGAUAAUUGCGAGGCAGCACGGCCAUCCGGAUGCCUUUAAGGGCUUCCGAGUAUUUGCGCUGACCGCCAUCACCCGGGUUGGGAUUUGGAGCAGGACGUUGUCCUCCGAUCGCCGGUGGCUGAUUCCCCUUUUGCCUUUUUGAACUUGGGGGUUCUUGAGGCGUUAUCUGCCCGCUCUUCCUUUUCGCGGAUUGUUCUGUGGCGUUCCGUGGUUCCGCCUUUCCGCACCCUUGUUUCCCAGGCUGGGUUGCGUUUCCUCGGCUGAACGUCUGGUUCCCGCGUCCCGCGACGGACGCGGCGUUUGCAUGCUUCUUCGCAGCCGGAGAUGGGUUGCUGCCCCUGCUCCUGCUUGUGGCGAGUCUAAAUGCUUCUUCUGGGGAUUUGCCAUCCUGCAAGUGCCUGAGGUACCAUUUUAGGGUGGCACCGCUCAUGCCUCUCCUGCGUGGAUCAUCUGGGCCACCCGGGCAUCCCGCUGCUGGUUCAGGGGGCAUUCUCCCCCCCCGCUUCCUCUUCCUUUUGCGCACUUCUGCCCCAUCCCGUUUGGAUUCGUCCUCCUCCGAGCAGCUGAGCCUGCUUGAGGAGGUUGCUGCGGGUUCAGCCUUAUCUGCACUCGUCGCAGUAGCCGCCUUUCGAGUACCGCUGCUAGAGGGCACGUCGUCAUCAUCACGUGCGUGCUCCUCAAACAGUGCGCGCUCUUCUGGCGAAAGAGCGUCCAGGAAGCUGAACUUGCGCCUAGCUCCUGGGCCACUCUUACCUGCAACGGUCGCUUUGCAGUUUGAUGUUGUUGUCGUUGUCAAUUUGGUGAUUGCUGGUGUCGUCGUCGUUGUUGUUUCAUUGUUUAGGGUUUUUUGUGUUGGUUUGUUGUUGUUGUCGCUCAUUCUGUUUCGUACGACCCUUAGCUCAGCAGGGUGAGCAUCCGGGUCUAUUCUGUUAAAGGGGGAACGGAAAUGUCCGCCGCGCCAGAGCCCCUUGACGCGGUAAGGCCACAGUUACUUCCCAAGGCGGCCCGGUGUUGGGAAGGCUCCGUUAAAAUACAGCCGAAUUUACCUCCUGGCUGCAAAUCGUCCAAUGGGCACGGGAGUCGCAUAACACCCUGGAUUAGGAGGUGGCAGCUCUUGGUUGUCGCACGCAUGCGGCUUCUAGCAACCCGUGUGAGAGGUGCUGGUGCUAGACAACACUUCUCACCCCGGUUGGGAGAUGCCGAGAAUGCCUUGCGACCUAAGCCCCUGCACCACGGCAAGGUGCCUGCCAUUCGCAGGAGUUUACGAUAGUUAGAAAGAUCUUAUUUAUAUUAAAUGUACACAGUUUGGUUCGAUAACUUGUUGCCGUUGCGAAGAUAAUUUUAUAAUGCCACUCUCAUAGAAAUACUCGUCCAAAUUUUUAAAAAACUGGGACGAUCGUUUAUUAUGAGCUUCUGUUGAGACAAAUUUUUGAUCAGCCAAUUCAUUCGCCGUAGACGGGCGCAAAUAUUAAUCACUCCAUGCCAGGUCAGGAGUAUAAAGUGGAUCCAUAGGAAUCUCCCAACAAGGCUUCCGUAACUUCCGGUGUGUCAUUAUCGAUGUGUGUGUGCUGGGGUUGUCCUGAUGGAACCGCAUUCCUAUCAUUUUUCAUCAUCAAUCAAAUGUCAUCAAAUAUCAAUAUGCAAAUCAGUGUUGCAUACUGGAUCCUGUUGUUAAUUCCGAUGUGUCAAAUUCAUAAGGAAUUAAUGAAAUAUGAAUCGUCAAAUUUUUGUUCGUCAUAUGAAAGACCCACGAAAAAUUAAUGUUGACUCUCAUAACAGAUAAUUUCAAAAAAAAAUGCUCGACAAUUCAGAUGACGGAUCCCGACCGUGAAUCUUCAAACUUUCUCGUCCUAGUAAGACUCUCUGCCGCUGGUUCGACCAAGCAACUAGUAAGGCAUCUUGUUAUUAUAUUGCUAUGUUAUUGUUGAUAAAACCUUCACUUUCAUUUCACUAUAAUUUCAUUUUCAUUAUUCCAACAGUUAAUGAAGAAAAAUAACAAACUAAUGAGCUCAUCAGAGGAAGUAAGUACGUAAGGUAAAAUUGUCUUUGACACACAUCGCGUCUAUGUUACUAGGAAUAGGAAAAAAAUAGUAUUAACCAUAAAAUGGCAGGGCUGCACGAAACUCCGACAUCAGUGAGACACACAUACCGUACAACAUCAACGCUUAACGGUAAUUAAAUCAAUUGCCGCAAAAAAAACAACACAGAGUACAACAACAAUAAAAGAUGAAUUUAAUAUUAGAAAAUUCAAAAAAAAAUAAUUUGAGUAUACAAAUUAUAAUUAAUGAGCAGCGCCAGCAUCGACACCUGCAGCGAAAGAUGUGCUACCGCGGCAAUUAAAUGCUUUCCAAUCAAGGCGACAAAUUAAAUUUUCCGCACGAGAGCAUUAUGUAAAAUGGAAAAAAGUAAAACGCACUACUACGAACACAAAUGAGCGACGCAAGUGAGCUAGCGCACUGAGAAACGGCAGAGAAUUUAAUUAUGACAACAUUGAUUAAAAUUUAAUGGGGAGCGAAAGCGCAAACGCGUGAUCCAACUAAACAGAGGUGUUUUGAAACGACACAGCGCUCGUUAAGUGGGUCAGCAAGUUUCUAGCUGCUGGCAGAGAUGUCUGACAGUGGCAACUUUCGCACGGCUGCUACUGUUACUACUGUCGCUGGAUACGUCUUGUCGCUGCUACUGUAAUUUAUCUUGCAUCUUUGAUGGUCCAGCUUAUUUCCUUCUUAAAAGCUGCCUCACGCAGCGAUGGAAUAUUUGAGUUACUACAAGUAUUUUAAAGACGCACACAAGCAUAUAUAAUAUAUCAGAGUUAUUUUAUUUAAGUGGUCACGUGGUAUAAUAUAAAGGUACUUGUUGAACUGGAAAGUAAAAGUUUAUUGAAGAAGUCUGUAAGUAGAGACAAAACAUGCUUUGUACAAGAUCGAGUUAUGAGAAUUGUAUUAUAAAUAGUAAGCCGAUAUCUGUUGGUCUAGCCAAGGUCGACUACUUAUACAUUUUUAGUUGAUAUAACGGCAAAGACAAAACACAGUUUCCUGCCGAGCUGCCUAAAUAUAAAUCCCGCUUCACUAAGGUAAAUAAUCGUGAAUUAUCUAUCAUGCACACAUAUAAAAACGCUUAUUGUAAGCUAUUUUUAAGAGAGUGGGAACACAUUGUUAGUAAUAAUUAACAUCAGAAAAGAUAUACUAUCCACAUUUCUAUUACGUUAUAUUAUGAACUACUACCCAUUUAAACGUUCCUGGAGUGAGCUCUCCCUCGUCUUGGGUUAAGAUCAAUAUGUUUAAAUUUGAUCCCUCUUGAUGACUUUCACAAAAUAUUACUAACUGCUAACCAACGCCAAAACUUUUUUGUUUACAGCGGUCCUCCUUUCAUAUUUUAGCCAUUAAAAUUAGCGAUAAAACUUUUAAAAUAUAAAUUAAAUAAAAAAAUUUUUUUUUGAUAAAUAUGGCAUAUUUUUGUAACACGAUUAAAUCUUAAAUCACGUCUUACUAAUGUUAUUGAUAAAGCUAAUGUGCAGUCGCCUAUCGGCACGUUUUGCAGCAAAGUCACCUUUUAUUCCGGUUAUAAAUACGGUAUAUUUAAUAAUUUAGCUUAGCUAUCACUUACCGGGAUAAAACUGCAUACUUUCACUUAAUCCAAUCAACAUAAUUAAUUAAAUCCAAUUCUACUCACGUCUUCAAUACAAAAGACCAAAGAAAAGAUAUACGAGUAUAUGUAUAUCAUUGAAUUCAAAAACAUCUUUUAUUUACCGUUUUGUUUGUUAAUAAACUUUCUAAACUAUCUAAACUUUCAUUUAUUCUUGCAUUAUGCUAAUUUUUGCUAAUCGAAUGUGUAUACUCUGGCAACAUGUUGCUACAAACGGUUGUUUGUACCACCUAAAACUAAUCGAGUUAGAUAUAGGGUUAUAUAUUGUAUAUAUAAAUGAUCAGGAUGAAGAGACGAGUUGAAAUUCGGGUGACUGCCUGUCUGUCCGUCCGUCUUUUCAAGAUGUAACUGUAGUAAAAAUUAGGAUAUCUUGAUGAAACUUGGUACACAUGUACCACACCCACAAAACUACAUUAAUCGAAAACAUAUAAAAUGCCAUACCUAAGCAUUAAAUUAAUAUAUGUAACUGUAAUUUAGUACAGAGGACUGCAGUAGCAAGUGGCACAUGUGCGCACACAAUUUUUUAAAAGUGGGUGUGGCCCCGCCCUCUAAUAAGUUCAAUGUACAUAUAUCCAAAACAAUUGAAAUCAACCAAAUUCCCUGAGAUUAAAUUUCUAAAAAAUCCUAAAAAGUAAAAAGUGCCCUGAAGGUAUUUCAUCUUAUGUUUAAAAAUUGUCAAAAUCGAACUAUAACUUUUGAAGAACCUAGACACCAAAUAUAUGGACUCCGGUGCAUAUAGCUGACUUUCUGCCGUAAAUAUCAGUCAAUCUGUGAGAUAUAUUGUGUAAAAAUAAGCGGGGAAAAUGUUUCUUUGAUAAUAAUAUACUUUUGUAUCAAAGAGGGGUUGAAUCGGGUCAAUACUUCCCUUAGCCCCAUAUACCUUAUAUUACGAUUUUCGAACUUUCUGUUGACUUUAUAUCACUAAAAUGGCUAAAAUUGAACGAAAACUUGCCUUAGACCCUAUAUAACUGAUAUUCACGAUUUUGAAACAUGCGGCUAACUUUACUCCAUAUAAAUGUUUAUAUUUAUAUAUUUAUAAAAUUGCUUGAAAAUAAUUUCUCAAGUAUACCUUAGCAAUGUCAAAAAUUGAUGAAAUCCAUUUCUUCCCUUCCAUUUCUCUGUCCCCAAUGAUUUUAGUAUAAUUUUCGCUGACGGGAAGUAAAAUAUAGUAAUAUAACUAAGAGAGUCUAUGACCUUCAAAAUAAGUUAAUAUGAUACCAAAUUGGGUUGUAAUCUAUUUACUAUUUCGUCGAACAAUGAAGUUGAACCCUUUCGUAAUUGCAAGGGUAUAAAAUGUUCGGUUACACCCGAACUUAGUGCUUUCUUACUUGUUGAAGUUGCUAUUUUCCCAAAAGAAUGUAAGGAUUUUAUAUAUUUAUAUUCGUUCCUAACCAAAAAUAAAAAGUUUCGAAAAGGCUUCCAGAACUACUAACAUUUAUCGAUUUUCGUUAUAUUUCGUCUAGCGCACUAAACGAGCUUCAAAAAGUAACCGUCAAUCAAUUGCUUAAAGUAUUAAUUUCCAUAAGAAAGUUCGUAUAAACGAUAAUAUGGAUAUGGGAUACAUUAAAGUUAAAGCCCAGAAUUUUCAAUUAUCGAUGAAUCUCCAACUUGUUUAUCGAAAUUUCCCGAAUAAUUCUGAAGUAAAAGUAAACUAUAUAGAUGCCAUAAACCCUUAGCGAAUUUCAUCAUCACACUAAGAGGUUGCUUUUCCAUAUUUCUCAAUUUUUAUCUUAUGAUUGUCAGUUUUGUUUUGCUGCCGUUUGUAUACUCAUCAAGUCAUCAUUUUCUGUGUCCAAACCGAUUUAAUUACGCUCUUUGAAUAUAUGUUCUUCUAUUUACGAAUCACUUACAUUUUAGCACAUAGUAUGCUGAAGAAUAAAUUUUAUUACUGUUUUUUAUGUGAAAAAUGAAAGUAGUAAUCGGAAAGUGCGAGGUAUACUUGUAUACAUAUAAAAGUAGUAAUCAGCACGACUGUUUAUUUUUGAAAACAAAACUCUUUUAAUUUAAUGAGCAUUCACUUUUAAAGCAUGAUGCUUCAUCUGGCGAAUAUCUGAGGAUAAAGAAAGUAAAUGCUGCUUGAACUGCAGUAGUUUUUAUGUCUGCAUAGUACCUUAAUUCACUCUCGAUGAAAGGAAUCAUCUUGAAGUCACAGAAAUAUUGUAACGAUUUUUACGAAAGGCGUCGGCAUUAAAAACUUUAAUUAUUAUAAAUUAAAUCUAGAAAGCUUCUGUCUCCUUUUCUCUCUUCUCUUGAGAUAUUCCUUAGAUAUAUGACUGCGAAAAUUUAUAUAAGACUCAGAGAAUCUGGAUAACUUUGAAGUCCUCACAUGAUUUGACUUCAUUUUGGAUUAUCCUGCGACGUCGAGGCAAAUUCUAGAGCUCUUUUCGGUAAAAUCAUACCUGCGAGGACGGUGUGAAGUCAUCGAGCCGCUGGAGGAAUGUCAGCUCUAAUGCGGUUAAGUCAAAGUUGUGGUGAAGAUUGGUGAAGCAGUUUGGCUAAAUGAGUUAAGCUUCCCGCCCCGAAAAACACAACACACCACUCACAAGACAACACUGGCACACAUCCCACACCUGGAAACAUCAAAACACCUAUACACCACACAACACAUACAAAUGCAUUACACUAUUGGAAGCAGCCGCAUACACACACACAGUAGGAUCUCUACACAACAAAACAGUACAAAAAUAUCUGUCCGUGAAGCGGACAACCUCUUUCUCUCAGCGAUUGUCGUCGAAAAAACACCGGACUUGUCUUUGGCGCGUAACCGCAUUUUCUUCAUUUUUUUAUAUUCUUUUAAUUACCUCUCCACUGGUAUGCGACCAGGGAGUGAUUGCGUGAAGAUAAUCUCGUCAUAAUUAUUAAUAAAUAAACAGUUUGUAAACAUUUCCAAACCGGAAAAAUAUACAAUUUUUUAAUUUACAUACGCGGAAUUAUAAAGUGGCAAAUAGAUAUGGAUACAGAGAUGCAUUCCACCCCAACGCCAACAAUGCGAUCGGCCAUCACGGUGCCUCGCCUUGGGAUUAUGCCAACCGCGGCGCCCCGAACACCAGCCGCAACUGCACCGUCAACCACCGCUCGUACUAGUAUUCGAGCCUCCGCAGCCGUUCCGUCUCCACCAGAGGCGCCCCAUCGCAUCCGAUGCCCCCUUUGUUGCCGUUCACACAAGUUGCAGCACUGUGGGCUCUUCAAGGGCAUGUCGCCGACACAACGCCAGCAGGUUGCCCAGGCGCAUGGGCAUUGCAACAAUUGUCUGGCGCAUACACACACGACGCAGGAAUGCGACUCCGGUGCUUUGUGCCAAAUGUGUGGCAGGCAGCAUCACACGUUGCUUCACCGUACUCCGAGGCGAGAGGUCAAUCGGCAGCCUGCCCCACGAAUCCGCGGUGCAAACCGACCGCAGCAAACCAAUCGUGUGGCACGUCGCCGAAGAACGGCACCCCGAUCGGAGUCCCGUCCAUGGCGUCAGCACAACGUACCACCGACUAGGCGUAGGCCGCACUAUCGUCGCACGUCCGGACUCAGCAACGUUGUGGCAACGUUGCAACAGCUACAGCGACUGCUAGGCUGAACAUUCGCCUAGGGGGGCCGGGAUGGCUAAAUGAGUUAAGCUUCCCGCCCCGAAAAACACAACACACCACUCACAAGACAACACUGGCACACAUCCCACACCUGGAAACAUCAAAACACCUAUACACCACACAACACAUACAAAUGCAUUACACUAUUGGAAGCAGCCGCAUACACACACACAGUAGGAUCUCUACACAACAAAACAGUACAAAAAUAUCUGUCCGUGAAGCGGACAACCUCUUUCUCUCAGCGAUUGUCGUCGAAAAAAACACCGGACUUGUCUUUGGCGCGUAACCGCAUUUUCUUCAUUUUUUUAUAUUCUUUUAAUUACCUCUCCACUGGUAUGCGACCAGGGAGUGAUUGCGUGAAGAUAAUCUCGUCAUAAUUAUUAAUAAAUAAACAGUUUGUAAACAUUUCCAAACCG